AAUGGCAUCAAAAUGCUUCCAGUCCUGAUGUCGAACGCUCUUUUUCACUAAUGUGUUGUUGUUGUUUAUAGAUUGUAAGACCAGAAUGACAAAAAGAAAGGCCAGUCCUGAAAAAAAGACCCCCAUAAAAAGAAGGAGGGUCAGUGAGCAGGCUGGUCCUUCCACCAGCUCAGAUGCUCAUGUGGUCAAAGGAGUCAAGCGCAAGGUCCAACAAGAUGAAGCGGGGACAACCAAUACAGCAAAAAAGUGUAAACUUCUUGACCAUAUGAGCGGUGACAAGGGGCAAGCAUCUUCCUGGUUGGACACUGGUAAAGACUGCAGCAUAGACAUUUCAGAGAGCUGCAGUAAAAACCAAAACGCUGGCAAAAGGAAAGCUGCGGGAGACAGGAGGGACCCACCUAAGAAGAAGAACGCGGACCAGGACAAAACCAAAAAUGUUGCCAAAAAGUCAGUGGCCGAACAGAAACGUGACUUCCAAGCGAGAUACGUGGAGGAGCACCGGCUUGGAGGAGGCGGCUGCGGAGCAGUGUUUGCUGGCUACCGCAUAAAAGAUCAUUUUCCAGUGGCCAUCAAACACAUCCCAAAGGGGAAAGUGUACUGCAAAGUGACGGAUGAAAACGGGAAGCAUCUGUCAGUGGAAGUUGCCAUCAUGCUGAAGCUUGCAGCUGAAGCAGAUGGAUCAGUGGGAACAUCAGCCCCAGUGUCUCUGCUGGAGUGGUUUGACUUUGGCAGAGAGCUGAUCCUGGUGAUGGAGAGACCUGUCCCCGCUGUGGACCUGGAUAAAUACAUAGAAGAAAAUGGAGGAUUUUUACCGGAGGACAAGGCCAAGGUCAUUCUGAAGCAGCUGGUUGAUGCUGCGAAGCACCUGGAGGAUAAACACAUCUUUCACCGGGACAUCAAGAGUGAGAACAUUCUAAUUGAGACCGGCUCAGAUGUACCGCGUGUUCGUAUCAUCGACUUUGGACUGAGCUGCUUUGUUAAGGAGCGGUCGCUGUACCGCGUCUUUUAUGGUACAGACAUUUACUCCCCUCCCGAGUGGUACAGGCGCAGUUGCUACAGGUGUGGACCCACCACGGUAUGGCAAAUGGGAGUGGUUCUGUACGAAGCGCUUCAUGUGGGGGACUUUAACACCACCAGCUUCCUCAAAAAGCGCCUGAAAUUCAAAAGCCGUCUGUCUAAACACUGCCGGGAUUUCUUGGACGCGUGUUUAACCAGAGUCCCAGAGAUGCGGCCGACGUUGGAGGACCUCCAGCAUCACGCUUGGCUGAGAUAAACCCAUCACACACACACACAAACACACGCAAUUCAGACGUUAUCAUGUAUGUGUGAUAUAUGAGGUAACUUUCUUUUUUUCUGUUUGACAGGAAAUAAUUUUUUUAAUUGCC